AUGGCGGCGGAGGCCCGGGCCGAGGGCUCCGGGCCGCCCGCGCCCCCUCCGCUGCCCGUCCCCGAGAAGCGCCCGGCCCCGGCGGACGGCCGGGAGGAGGAGCGGCCCGGGACGAAGCGGCGCCGCGCGAGCGUCGCGGCGCUCGACGGCGUGCCCUGCGCCGCGGCCAAGGGUGGGGAUGGCGAGGCGGACGGGAACCGUGACGGCGGCUCGUCCUUCUCCUUCCAGCACGCGCGCGGCGGUUUCGUGGCGCUGGAGACGACGCCCAAGUUCGGGUCGUUCAACCCGCCGGUGGCCGCCGAGCAGGAGGCCCUCGACCCGGAAGAUUCCCCGGUUGCGAAGGAGGAGGAGGAUACGGCCACGGCCUCGGACACCGGAGCUGAGGACGGCAAAGACGGGAGCUCACAGUCAGUGGCGGCGGUGGGCGAUCAGGGCCGUCGCCAUCCGGGAAGGCAAACUGAAUCGGAACGAUGA